UAACAACUCAGCAAUCAGCUGUUGCCCAUAACGUGUAGUACAAACAGCAUUCCCGCAUUUUGUAAGCGAUGCACAUUUGAAACUAAUUAUUAAUAAAUAAAUAAUGGAAUAUGGCUCGCGAGCAAAGUGACUUACUGUGCCGUGUGUGCCUAAAGCAAGAUGAGCUCAUGGUUGAUGUUUAUGAGCAUGUGGAGGAACAGCAAACCGAUUUAUGCACCCUACUUGAACGUUGUGGCGACAUUAAAGUUGACAAGACGGACGCGUUUCCUAAGUAUUUGUGCCAAGAGUGUACAAAGGAGCUGCUAAUCGCAGCCAAGUUUCGCGACAAAUGCGCUGCAACGGAACAAUUGCUGCGCCACAGUGAAGCAGAAGCUUCUUGCAGCAUUGAUGCGACAAGUGAUUUGAUUGACAAGGAGUCGGUAAAGCAUAAUUCUGAGGAUGAUAUGGAUGAUAUCAUAGAAUAUGAUCCAAGUCAACAUGUGGAGCUAUAUGAAGAGUGCGAAACCCACGCGAAAGAACAGAAAUUGCUUGCAACAGUGCAGCAAACAAUUGCUGUUGCCAUUUUUAACUGUGAUGACUGCGGUGCAGUCUUUCAGCAGGCUGCAACGCUGCAGCGACACUUAGAUAAAGCACAUCCUACCGUCGAAACCAGCAGUUGCCAGCAUUGCGGACACAGUUUUACCCAGAGCAUAAAUUUGCAGCGACAUAGCUGUAAUGUCAUAAGUAACGAAGAGCCUCAAAUCACCCAUCAUCGUUGUAUCUACUGUGGCAAGAGCCUGCAAUCUGCCGCCAGCCUGGCUAUGCACAUACGCCUCCACAAUGGAGACCGACCCUUUGCCUGUGAUGUUUGCCCAAAGACCUUCAAAACAAAUGGAGCGCUUGUCAGUCAUCAGAAACGGCACCUCAAACUGGUGGAAUACAAGUGUGAAUACUGUGGCAAGGGUUUCGUCGAGUCCAGCAAUCUGCGGCGCCACAUCAUUGCGCUGCACACAUCCGAACGUCCACACACCUGCACCCUCUGCCAGCGUAGUUUCUCGCGCGUCUAUCUGCUGGAGCUACACAAGCGGACGCACACUGGAGAACGUCCUUAUGCCUGCAAUCAUUGCGAUCGCAGCUUUGCUCAGUUGAGUGUGUUGCGCACCCAUGAACGCAUUCAUACAGGGGAACGAAGACAUCGUUGCGCUCUUUGUCAGAAAACCUUUAGCCGCUUGAUGCAGUUGAAAAAGCACGAGCUGAAGCCGUGUAUUGUGGACUCAGAGGUGACGAUACGCGGCGAUGAGGAAGCCUCUUAGUUUGUAGUAUAGUAAAUUAUCGCCAAAAACAUCUAAUGUUAAUGCUUGAACGAGUAAGUGCCUAAUUUUUUUUAGGUUAUUUGCCCCUUCAUUAGUUGCCUGCUGGCAAAGCUCUCUAUUAUUACGUUCUCCGAUACUUUCACAGAACUAAUUUGAAUAGUUCGAAUUAUUGGCUACUGAUAAGGCCUUCUUUCAUCUACAUAUAUGUUCGGCACUUACCAAAACCUUUUUUUUAAAACAAUUGCAGUACAAAUUCAAUAAUUUCAAUUUCUACGACAAUUUAACCUCUUGUUUGGACCUUUACGAUAACGCUUUCUUUCUCUAACAUAAUUUAUAUGCAUUGACUGCUCUGAAAAAUCUUUUUUUUGUACCAACCAAUCACUGAACGAAUUUACUUUUAAAAGCUAUAGAUAAUAUCUCAGUCGCAAUUCUUGUUGAUACUUCUUCCAAUUGCAGUUUGAGUAGAUGUCCGUUAAGCAUUAUAUUUGAAACAUGUUUCCAUCGAUAUUCAAUGGUCAAUACAAUCCUUUUCUCAAUUAUAACCAUACUUCUUCCAUUUCAAAACUUAUUGACUUCGAGAAUUGUUUUUUUUUACUAUUCUUGUUGUGAAUCCUUAAUAAAUACGUAUGUACAUAUAUGGCUGCUGACAUAGCGCAACUCAAAUUUUUCUCUGCUUAGUUGAACUCUUGCCAAGUUUUUUAGUUAGCAUUAAUUUUAGAUAGAAUUAAUUAAAUUCAGGUUCGAUACCUUCCAUAUGUUUUGCCCAGAAUUUGUGGUCAAUAAGAAGACAAAAACAAAAUAAAUAUUUUUCU